AUACUCUUGCUUUCUUGGUGCUUCUUCGGUCUGCAUGGUCGGCCUUUUGGCAUCAGGCGACGAUUCGUCUUCCCCUUGGCUUGUUUCACUCUUCUCUCAUUCGCUGGUUUAAUACACCAGUCUCCCUGCUUCCGGCAACAACAAUAUCUACACCCUCUGUGGCUAAAUCAACCCUUGAUAGCCGUCUGUACAUGGUCCAGCCGCCUCGAGCUAAUUCUGUCAAUUUGCCUUCUUCCUAUCCAUUUGCUAUUUCUGGCUGAUCAGGCUCGCAUACAGCCUAGUCGCCUAUUAUGCUGUCUAUUUCACAACCUCACCACUACAGGGAAAAAAUUUCGAAGAUUUCUUACCUGGUUUUCUUGCAUCUUCGGCCAUACAGUCAUCGUUCGCCGCUUGAUCGACUCAGAUACCCAUAUGCUGUUGUCUCCUCGUACUUAUCCGAAGGCUACUACUGAUGCCGGUACUAAGGUUGGCACUAUACCAUUGCCUCCUCGCAUUGAUGUAUUUGUCGACCUUGUCUGCUUGGCCACUGCACAGAUCGCCAAUAUCGUACUUCAUCUCACCUUUCUAUUUAUGUUGAUACCUCCCUUCUUCCUCUGGCUAGCUAGUUCCUUCGCAUCAGCUGUUUAUGCUGCUUACAGCUUUGCCGUUUGUGCCUAUCUGCUCACCUCAGUUGAGAUCCGCCUCAGAUAA